AUGAACAUGGAUCCUACAGAUGCCGGCCGGCCCGCAUCUCGACGCGACAGCAAUGUCUCUCUCAGCUUAGUAGGUGUCCCAAGUUUAUCAGAGCCGGUGCAGACAGCAGAUGUGUUCGAAUUUGACGUCGAUCCUGAUGUCGAUAACAGCACUGAGGAUUUUUCCGCGCAACUCGGUGCCUUCUGUGCAAACAUUGGCGUCCCUAACGGUCAGUCUUUAAACGACUACCAAGUCGCACCAUAUCUCGAGUCAGCAGAAUUACCCCGAGUUUCCGCUGCGAACGAGCAGUACGACUCGUUCAUGUACGACCCAACAGAUCUCAGCUUAUUUUCUGUACAGCAGAGUUCCGGGUACCCGGACCCUCGCGGCUAUCACUCACCUCCCGAAGGACCAUACUUCUACUAUACUUACGACGCCCUAGCUCCAGCCGCUGAUGCCUUCAGUACCCUGGGCCUGGCUGCGCUACCUGAUAGCAAUGCCUUGACUGGGUACGAAGAUGUUCAGCACGUGCCGCAGCAACAUGGAUACCUGCCCGACUCUUGGACGCUACCUGUUGAAGCCGGAUCCUUGCCUGCACAGCAUACAGGUUACAUGCCUGUUGAUGCAUCCAUACAAUAUGCAACAAAUCCCACUGAGAGCGCUCAAGUUACUACUGCAACACAAUCCUUAAUAUUUGGACCCGUCUCAUCAUCAGUUAUCCAACCGUACAAACACGACGAGUCUCAGAUCUCAGAUUCAGACUCCGACGGAGAUUAUCGUGAUAUCGAGCCGAAGACUACAAAGAUUUUUAAGCGCGAACAGAGAAAGCAGCGUCGCAAGAGCUCACUUAGCUCGGCCUGUACUUCUGCGGGUACUCCAGCCAGCCCAGUCAAGUACAACGCAGGCGAGAAACCCAAGAAGCACGAUGCAAAAUCAUGGAUCCGCGUCAAUGCCAACACCGAAGGCGACACCCGUACUGCGAAGAUUAACAACUGGAAGAACAAGUACGAGUAUAAGCCGCUCCCGCUGGGUUCUUGGACGUCUGGUGAGCACACAUUCAAGUAUACGCAGUAUGAGAACGUCGACUUCCUCACAGAGGCGCCUAUGUCGACCCGGAAGAUUCGAGACUACAUCAUGAACUACCCGUGCGAUGACCAAAAGCGUGUAGUACUUUGGAUCCAAAAGAUGCCAGCUGAUCAAGGCCGACGCUAUGGAUCGCAGCAGCAUUCCAAGUGCGCUUUCAAAGAUUGUCCGGUUCAGAAGUAUAUUACGGGCACUAUCAACACCGGUGAGUAUCGCGUUGGCUUCGAUGAGAAGCACUUCACCUACGGUGACAAAAUAGACCCAUACGAUUGCACAGCGUACGCUCACUUGUACUGCAUGGAGCAGUUCUUAGACUUCGAACAGGUUUGCCAGGUAGCUGAUGUACGCGUCGACACACGUAUCGACCUACCGCUUGAGCCAAAUGGCAAGGCUGCCUUCUCCAUGAUAGACGUUCCCGCUCGGGCUGAGAUGGAGCGCUUCGUCAAGCUAGCAGCCAAGGGCAAGCUCCGUAUGGCAGAACGCUGGUUCAACUACCCCUUCCACGGCGACUAUCAAUCCAAGCACCAGAAACCUCACGAGCACACACUUACGUAUCUGGCGCACUGCAUGUAUGAAGUGCAUCAAGAUGACUCACACAAGAAGCAGGCUGCCCUCCGUCGCGUCACCGUUUCACAGCGUCGAGUGCACCUCGGUGACUUGGAAAUGUCCGUCGCAGACAAGCGCAUCCAACGCGAAGUUUUCGGGCGCAAGAAUAAGGGUCGAAACGAGAAGUACGAGGAUUACUACGACAAGCGCAUCCGUGAGCAUAUCAAGCGAGCCGAAAAAGAUGCGGAGAAAUUCCUCGAAGAGAAGGCGCGCGGAAAGAAGCGUAACGCUUGUCGAGCGCCGAAGAAGGGCAAGAAGGGUAAGGUAGUCCAGUACGCAGAGUCUGGGGACGACGAGCCUAACUGCUCCGCUGGAUCACGCAAGACUCACCAGUACAACGAAACGGCAUACAUGCGCGAUAUAGCUGCACCACCAGUCCAAGCCACCGAUGUCCAGCCGCUCCAGACCUACUUAGGAACAGCACCCAAGUACCCCCUUCAAUCGCUUAUCGACCCCGUGCUUGAUUCACCAUACGGCCUCUACGCCGUUCCCGUAACGCCCAAACUCAACAUCGAGGAUUUCGACAACUUCCCUACUUGCGAAAACGAUCUGCCCGAUGACAACCUUGAGAAGCUCCUCUCUCUCUCGCGCCGUCAGUCUUGUGCUGACUUCGGGCCAACGAGCAUUCUCAAGAGCCCUGGACUUGUUUCUGGACGUACGCCGCGUCGGGCAGUCUUUGGCGCGCAGCCCGUGACAGAUAGCAGGGAGUAUGGUGUUGAUAAUCCGCCGAGCGCAAUGUUCGUUCAUCGUAGCUGGCGCAUACGGGCUCAGUUGGGUCGAUAG